UCUGUCAUAGAGGAUGCAAGGACGGACGCUGGCUAGAACUCUGGAUUGGACCCAAUAACAAAAAUUUACAAAAACACAUGGCUUUACAAGAUUUAGGAACGCCACAUUCAAUUUAUCUCUUCCUUCUACCACAGGAAUUUUGAUGAACCAUAAUUUAUUUGACAAGAAUUCUUUGAAUUGAAGGUAUACAAGUGCUACUAACAGGAAUUUGAGAAAUUACUGUAUAAAAGCUGCCAACCUUAGCUUGUGUACCCAACCUGUGAAUGAUUAAUCAGACUAGCGUGUCUCAAGACGAGAUGGAAGAAUUCUUCAACAAUACACAAAGUCUUGAGACGUCCCAGAACAAGACCCACAGCCUUCGCAGCUCGCCUGCGAUUGGCCGGUCCAUCCGAGCGGGUCGGGAAUUCUUGACGAAACAUUCCUCACCUGCGUGUAAUGCCCGGAAUGUGGGGCGAGCGUCGUUCAAACAGGAUGUAAUGGUUCCAGCGACCUGGACUGGAUCAAACAGGAAGUCAGACGACCCCUGACCCUGACCCAACAUUGACACACCCCCCCCCCUUACUGUGUUAGCUUGGCGUGCAGACGGCAUAUGGUGUGUGUGAGUUGUGCUGCUGCGCUUGCCCCUGUUGUACUGUACAUGUGCCGAGCCGAUCUUGCGGAUAUGCCACUGUAAGGUUCGUUACUGUCUGCCACUGAACAAACUCAAUCCAGAAUGUUAAAGUUUUCUAAAACGGGCAAGACAGCCUCUCAAGAACAACUCCACAACACCAAGAUGUCUUCCCAGCGUCUUGAGCAGGACAUGGGGUCCCUCUCGCUCUCCGAGAAGUCACGCCUUCCCCCGACCACCGCCCCGACGUUCUACACUGGAGGAAAGAAGUUUGCACCGGUUGUGGCGCCCAAACCGAAGAAGUCCCAGGUCCAGGCAGCGUACCAGGCCCAGAAGACAACGGAGUAUUCUCCGACUGGUACGGGGGCAAGGACACAGGAGAACUAUGCAAGUUACUACUCGACCACCAGGCUUUACAUUGAAGAAGGAACAGAAGACGACCUUCCCCCACCCCCACCUCCCGCUUUUGAAGGAGUCCAGCCUGCAAGGUAUGAUGAUGAUGACUUCCCGCCGCCUCCCCCACCACAAGAGAUGACGUCAUACUCCAGCGAACCGCUACCGCCGCCUCCGAACGUCGGGGAAGACUCCUUCCCUCCCCCACCCCCCGAAACAUCGUACUCCAAGCGCUCCAAUGGCUACGCCGUCACCAGAACCCAGGAGCAGUACAACCCCUCCCCCACUAACCUCCCCUCAUCCACCUACUCCCCCUCCCCAGCACAAUCGUACUCUCCCCAACCCUCCCGUACCUACACCCCACCUUCCAGCACCCGCUCCUACUCCCCCACCACCCCCUCCCAGUCAACCUACAACCCCCCUCGUACCUACACCCCCCCUCAGAGCAACUACACCCCCUCGAACACUUACAACUCUUACAGUCCCACCAGUACCUAUUCUUCCUCUUCUUCUUCCUACUCUACUCCUGGUUCGUACAACCGAACGGCUGAGAAGUCCACAUCUCAGCCCUAUACCCCUCAGCAACCAAGGGUUAAUGUUAACCCCUCGCCGUCGUAUUCCUCGCCGAACUCCAACAUCCCGUCCUUCAAUGUGUCCGUGAACUCGCCGGUGGCCAACCCUGCGUCUCCGCAGCCGCAGAGGUCAGGCGGGGUCACGCUGACGAAGAGCCCUGAGGAGGAGCUCGACGUGCUGACGAAAUGUCUGGUGGACAAGAUGGAGAAUCCGGAGACGGACUUCUUUGGAGGGAUCUGUGGGAACUGUGGACAGAAGGUGAUCGUGGAUGAGGAGGGCUGCUCCGCCAUGGACAAGGUGUUCCACGUCAAGUGUUUCACCUGCACCACCUGUGGGGGCCGUCUGAGCGGCAAGCCCUUCUAUGCUAUGGAGAACCACCCGUAUUGCGAGGAGUGUUACAUCAACUCCCUUGAGAAGUGCUCCGUGUGCUCCAAACCCAUCAUGGAGAGGAUCCUGCGUGCCACAGGAAAGCCGUACCACCCUGCCUGCUUCACGUGUGUGGUGUGCGGGAAGAGUCUUGACGGAAUCCCCUUCACUGUUGAUGCCACCAACCAGAUCCACUGCAUCGAGGACUUCCACAAGAAGUUUGCCCCGCGGUGCUCAGUGUGCCAUGAGCCCAUCAUGCCGGAGCCUGGCCAGGAGGAGACCAUCCGCAUCGUGGCCAUGGACCGCAGCUUCCAUGUGGGCUGCUACAAGUGCGAGGACUGUGGGAUGGUGCUGUCCUCCGAGGCUGAUGGGCGGGGCUGCUAUCCCCUUGACGACCACAUUCUGUGCCGCGACUGUAACGCCAAGCGGAUACAGGCUCUGUCUGCACGGAUAUCCACUGAACUAUAGAACUCCAGACAGAAUCGGGGUGAACUCUACUUCUGUCUGCAUUCUACGUAACAUUGCAUCUACAUACUCUUUGGUAUGUACUACAGA